UUAUCACUCAUGCACCGUCACCACCACUAUGCCACUACCAUGUCCCCGGAUUGCGACGGCUAGCUGCAAGAUAAACAUACAUACAAAUAUCUCCCCGGCUGCAAGAUAAACAUAUAUCUUCCCUACUACCACACCAAGUUGAUUAUGAUGCACAACAAACUAAUUUAAAUCAUGCAUUAAUUACAUUGACUUUUUAUCGCAUUACAAAGUCAAAACGAUCUCUCUCUAUAUAUAUACUUCUACUACAAAGACAUCCAUGAGGCUCACAUUAGUCACGAUGGAUAGACUUCCACUAAAAUUUAAGAUAAAGAAAUUAAUAUAAUCACUAAUUGAUAAUUGUUUAUUGUAUUGCAUUGCAUGAACUAAACGAUCCUUGUCGCUAUUCAGACGUGAUAAGAUGGCGGUAGUGGAAGUUUGACCACCGCAAUAUCUUGCUAUACUGUUAUUAUAAAUACCUACCUCGUUAGUUAAUCCGAAGCACCAUCACCAGCAUCUCGCAUCGCAUGCCAUAAUAAAUCAUCAUGUCUUCCACCACCACCACCACCACCAUCAACUCCUUCCUCCUCCUCCUCUUCUUCUCGUCGAUUCUAUGCUUCCAGUUAUUUAUAACUGUCUCGAAUUCCAGCCCCUCCGACCAGACUGGGGGCGGCGCAACCAGCCCGGAGCAGCCAGCCGGAGGAUCCGGCGGCGGUUCCGGCCCCGGGUGGGAGUACAGGUGGGGGUGGGGGGCAAGCCCGGGGGCAGGCUGGGGUUAUGGCUCCGGCUCCGGCCAAAGUCCUAGUGGAAGUGGGAAGGGGUUCGGGUACGGGUCCGGGUCUGGAUACGGGUCUGGCUCCGGAUUCGGUUACGGGUUCGGUGGAGCGGGCGGAGGCAGUGAGGCCGGGCGAGGAGGAGCUUAUGGUUACGGAGGUGGAUACGGCGGCGGAGCCGGCGGCGAAGGUGGCGGCGGCGGUGGCGGGGGUGGCGGUGGCCGGGGUGGCGGCGGCGGCGGAUCGGGCUUCCGUGGAGGACGGCCGCCGCAGUUCUCGAAUCGUAAAUGUUGUUGAUGUAAGAUGGAGCCUAAAGAACAUGACAUUAUGUCAAAUAGCAGUACAUGUCUUUUAUAGCAACUCUGUUCGAUCAUUCUGCCAACCUUGGCAAAGAUAUCAAUACAUAGAUGGAAAAUAUUAAUCUGCUUA